CGUAAAAAAAACCCACACAUGGUGUUACAAGCGUGCCACCUACAAAGGAUAUACUGGCUAUCUAACUGCAGCUGACAUUAAUCAGAAUGAUAAUGGGUUGAUACAGUCCGGGUGUAACUACCAACGUACCAGUACACUUACCUACAAUGUGACAAAUGAAGACACCAACACCACGUUUAUGUGUGAACCGUACACUGGAACCGUGUGUGGCUCUAAUCCAGCCUCACUGAUAACAUAUAAAUCCAUCAGAAGACGUAAAGAUUCAUCAGGCGGAACAACAGGCGGUCAAGGUGAUACUGGAGACAUAAUCACAACGACGGCGACAGUUUGUGAACCAAAUGACGUCACACCUUGGAUUAUCGUCGCUGUUAUAUUCAUCAUGGCGAAUGUCGUCCUCAGUACCACUGAUUCCAACCUCUGUCGUAAAGUAUUAGAAUAUAAAGAGCGUUUAUAUCAAAGCGUGAACUACGUGGCGAUGAACAGAGGAUUGUCAAGAAAUGAUGAGUACGUGUACAAAACCACGGACAAUUACGAAAUACUACAAAUAUAGACUAAACAAUGCAGCUACGAGUUGUUGAUAAUCGAGGAUACACACACUAAGUGUAUUGCUGUUGUUGUUGCCAAGGAUACAUAUAACAACAAACUAAGUGUAUUACUGCUGUGCUAACCAAGGAUACUAAAACCAACAAACUACUUGUAUUACUGAUGUGGUAAUAAAGGAUAAACAAACCAACA